GCGGUGGCGGCGCCGGACGGUUGAUGUGAAGGAAGUGAGGGAUCCCGGCGGUUGUUUUAUAACGACUGUUUUAAAAGGCACCGACCGGAGGUGGGCUCGUGUUUGGAUCCUCAUCCACCGCGCACCGUUGAGAGAAAAUCUCUUGGGGCAACGGUGUGAGAUGCUGCUGAGUGCCCAGACAUUAGCCUGCAAGUGUUGCCAAAGGUGCAGAUUAUCCUCCAGGAGGUUCUCCACAGCAUUGCACAGAUUCAGCAGUACUACAUACUACACUAUUCUUGGGAUCAAACCAGAUGCAACACUUGAAGAGAUCAAGAAAGCUUUCCUUGAACAGUCAAAGAAGCUCCAUCCGGACAUCGACCUGUCCAACCCCAACCUGCACACCCAGUUUGUAAGGCUGAAUGAAGCAUACAGUGUGCUGAGCAAACACAGCAGUCGCAAAGAAUACGACACAAGGCUGCAGCGACAUGCCUCUUUUGGAGAACCCUUCAGUCCACAGGGACACAGCUGCAAAAACGACCCUUUCUUCUACCAUGUGAACCCAACAUCAAACUAUGGCUUUAAGAAGUCUGAGCAGCAGCGAUACUGGGAGCAGUUUCGGUACCCAACGGAAGAGAAUACAUCUUUUCAGGGUACAAAGAAGAGAAAGAGAAAUCUGAAGGCUUUUGGUUACUGCGUCUGCAUUAUGUUGGCUGGAGUAUUCAUCCACUAUGUUGGCUUCAGGAAACUGGAAGAAGCUCACAAUAAUUUCAUGGACCACAAGGACCGAGUUAUAACAGAUAUCUAUAACGAAUCCAAGGAAAGAGCAAGGAUGAACGGCUUCAAGAAGCAGCAAGAAAUCCUUCGCCAGAAGCACGCAGACUUUAUGGAGAAGUAUAGGCUGAAGAAACAAGGGGGCGAUGACAAAUAAAAGCACUGCAGGACGUCCCACAGUGACUGUGUCUGACUCCAGUGAUAUCCAUCUGUUGCACCGACACUGGCUUCCCUUCAAUGGCAGAUAGCUGACGAGACAACACAAUCCAUUUGCUUUAGCAUAUCAGUUCUCAGAUGUGGGAGUCUUUAGCAAGUCCAGGAUUUACUUUCCAACUCCAGUCAUCCUCAGUCUUCAGAGUCUAGUCCAGGCAGUGCAGGCAUUUGGUAUACUUUGCAUCAGCUUUAGGCGACGAGGUUUUGUGUUCAGUUUACUCAGCUUCGUUGGUGUGGAGACUGGAGUUACAUAAAGACCCAGAUCAGGUAAGAACAACAGGAUUCCCUUCUUAAAAGAACAUUAGUGAAUAGGUUGAGCAUUCUAGCAGCUUCACAGUCAUUUUCACUGGAUUCAAAUUCCCAAUCCAGCAGUGUGGAAUCUGAACUCACUUUCUUGAGAUGACUGGUCUAGGUUCUCUGUAAAAAUGGCCAGGUUAUGAACACCAUCUUCAUCUAACUUUAAAUAAACCCAACCUCUCUUUAGGUUUU